AAUUGCUUCUCCAGUUUUGCGCGCAACCAGUUGGAGCCAUGGCUUCUCUGAGUGAGCUGGCCAAGCUAGAGAUGGCCAAUUUCAGGAUCAAUCCGCGGGAGAGCAUAAGUGGAGAGGUUCUAUCCUCCUUACCGGCGACCCCACGGAUCUUGUCCAGUGUCGUUGCCAACCGAUGGAAGGACAUCAAGCCCUCCAACAGCUCCAUGUACGAAACGGCGCUACAGCUGCCCAACAAGAGGCUACCAGCACUGGAACGGCUGGAGAGCGUGAAGGAGUCCCUGCGCAGGGAUGAGGCCCGGCAGUACACCGCGUACUCGGGAUCAUCUCUAAAGAACACGGUCCCAAUGCCCGGGUCACCACAGCACAAGAAGUUCUGCUGCGACAUGACGGGCUUGCCCACGUUGACCUUGUCUGGAAAGUCGCAAAAGGAUUCCAAGCACAGCGUCAAGACUCUGGAGAGGAUCUUUGAACGCUUGGCAGAGCCUCACGCCAUCUCGCACCGGAAGUUCCUGGCUUCAAUGUUCCAAGACCAGGAGCUGGCGAGUGUGGUGGAGAAGUUUACGGCAGGGUUGCACGUGCCCAAGACUGAUGAUGAGAACGCAUUUCAAGAAGCCAAGCGAAAGGCGAUUGUGAAGAAGAUCCUGGGUAUUUUGAAGGAAGUUGACAAGGACAGCAGCGGGAGCACAGAGUGGGACGAGUUCUUGGAGUUCUUCCGGAAAGCUGAGUGCUUGCUUGAGUAUCGCUCAGAGAAAGCUCGCAACCGCACUGCGCUGCAUGAAGAGGUCGAAGCAUUGCGGUCAAGGCAGCACGACGACCCACCUGAGGUGGAGAAGGAUAUAAGGCAGAAAGCCUCAAAUGUGGGGAGACGGGCGAGUUUCAGGCUGCAGAUGCCUUAGACAUCCGCAGACCUGGAGGCGUGAGAUUUGAUCCUCUCGCAGACAAGAGGAUGCCAUUGAUCCUGGCGAAACACGAUCAUUACAUGUCGGUAGCUGUUCGGAGGUUGCACGAAGAAAUGCAUCUCGUUUGCCGAGUGCAAAUGUCACACCUUUUCUACGCGAGGGCAACGCACCGCUCCUCAAUUCGUUCGAUGUACCAGUGGCGGAGAUCACGCCAUGCAAAUCCAACGUUCCAGGAGAUUCAAGGGAUUGAAAUUGG